GUUGGGUGACCCAGCAUGGCCACAAAACUACCCUUCCGAGAAGAAUGUGAGACUUGGACUGCUAUUCAAGUGGCAGAUCUCCUGAGACAGUGUGGGAUGCAUGACUGCGCCCGGAUAGUGGAAAAAUUAAAGAUAGACGGAGCUCGGUUUUUGAAUUUAUCAGAAUAUGAGAUGAACAGAUUCUGUAUAAUGGACCAGCCGCAACUUCAAAAGAUAGUACACGAUAUCAAGAAAAAUGACAGCGGAAUAAUGAGCAAGUUCAAAAAGUUCCAAAAUGAACAAAUGGCCAUAAUUUGCAAAACUGGAAAAAAUACAUGGGAUCGGCUAACAAAUAAACCACCACCAAGUGUGCCACCAGUAGAUUAUAGAGAGGCAGAGGAAGAGGAACAGUGGUCAGAUGAAUUUGAUAGUGAUUAUGAGAAUCCUGAUGACCACUCUGAUCCUGAGAUGUAUGUGGUUCCCACCGAAGAAAACCCUGAUGACAGCUAUGAGCCCCCACCAAGCGAGCAGGAAAAGAAGAUUCCAGCAGCCUUCUCAUGUGCUGGAGGAGAAUAUGCAGACAACAAGCGGCCUAGUCCACAGAAGCCUUGGCCCGUCACCAAACCACUGCCUACUUUGCCAAGCAACUCUUUAUCUAAACCAAAGAAACUGGCCACUUUGCCCUUGCCGCCUGCUGCUCUCAGGCCAAUACAACCACCUAAGCCUAAGGAUGAUGAGGCAGAUUACGUUGUACCUCUAGAAAAUGACGAUGAAGAAGAUAAUUAUAUUCAACCCACUGAAGAAAGCACUCCGCCACCUAAAAAACCCCCAGUGGUGAACAGAUUGAUCAAGCCCAUGCAAAAACUCGAUCCUCCCAGUUCACCAGCAUUGCCUCCUGUUCCUGCAUCACCUUCAACAUUAGAUGUCUAUGAAAUUCCUGAGGAAGAGGAAAAAGCACUGCCUCCAUUGCCCAGGAAUUCCAAGCAACUUCCUCCAAAACCUGGACAGAGACCUGAACCCAGAGGACACUCGCUUGAACACAGUGCAGCUAAAGAGCCCUUUAAACCUGACGUGCCCAGAAAUGUUUUGCCACUUCCUAGGAACCGGCCUCCACCAAAAAUUGAACCUGAUAGCCUCGGAAUACAAGAUGAUGACAAUCUCAGCAGCAACAGUGCUCCAGAAUUCAAGGCUCCUUCUGCUACAGUCCCAUCUCCAUUUCCACGGAUUCCGAAAAAAUUACCAAAUCCAGCACUGCCAUCAAAACCAAGCCUCCCUGACAGAGAUCACCUAAGUGUUAUUGAAGAUAAACCUAUACCAGCUGAACGCCGGCGCGUUUCCAAUCAUGAUAUCCCUCUUCCACCCAUCCCUCCCAGCAUCCAAAAACCGCUGCCUCCGAAGCCAGCAACACUGCCAAGACUCCCAGAACCUGUGAACCGCACCUCAUGUGCUCCACGUAGUAGUAGCCUGCAAGGUGGUUCUACUGCAGCAGAACAGGAUGCCAGUGUUCAUGGUAAAGCAUGGUUUAUGGCUUCAAGUGAUCGAAAAACAGCUGAAGAUGCAUUAUACAAAUCAAACACGGAUGGAUCUUUCCUAGUAAGGAAGAGUUCAGGACAAGACUCAAAGCAACCAUAUACACUUGUUGUGCUUUAUAACAAGAGAGUAUAUAACAUCCCAAUCCGAUUUAUUGAAUCAACAAGACAGUAUGCUCUGGGCAGAGAAAAAAGUGGCGAAGAGCACUUCAACAGUGUGGCUGAAAUAAUAGAGAAUCAUCAACGGACUUCUCUCGUUCUCAUUGACAGUCAAAACAACACAAAAGACUCAACCAAACUGAAAUCUAUUGCUAGAGUAUCAUAACUGCACUGAAGAUCCACGGGGGAAAAUCUUCCAGCCCUUAUCUUCUGAGAAUUUAAGAUUGAGCAUCUU